UCAUACAUUUGUGUAUAUUCCAAUGGUUAUCUACAACAGUCAAAAUUAAGUGUUAUGCCUGUAGAUUUGAUUGUAUUACUUCAGUGGUGCACGUGUCAAGAAUAAAUAUUCAACGUAGGUGUAGAAACAGGUACAAGGCACAGGAUGAGUAUAGACCAGCACAGAGUAAACAUCAACGAGCCCAGGUAUGACCAAAACACUUAUGGAGGACGAGCCAAACAUUUCUUCCUCACAACCAACCCCCUCAAUCUGCUGGCCACCAGUCAACAACUGGACCACGCUAAAUCCGUCGUAGUCCGAUAUAGAAAUGGUGAACACAUCGCCGGCCUUACCGAGAAUGAACUUUGGCGUGCCAAACACUUGUAUGAUUCUGCCUUCCACCCGGUGACAAACGAGAAGAUGAUCCUGGUGGGUCGCAUGUCAUCACAAGUUCCAAUGAAUAUGACUAUAACUGGAUGUAUGCUGGCAUUCCACAAGACUACUCCGGCGAUAAUAUUUUGGCAGUGGAUGAACCAGUCCUAUAACUCAGUGGUAAACUACACAAACAAGGCCGGGAGUGAUGUCUCAGACAGACAGCUGGCUAUGUCCUAUGUACUGGGAACUAGUGGGGCCGUCGGCACGGCUCUGGGGAUUAAAAGUCUGGUGAAGAACCUUGGGCCUAUGGUAGCCAGAUUUGUGCCGUUUGCCGCUGUAGCUGCCGCCAAUUGUAUCAACAUACCGUGUAUGAGGAGCAGGGAACUAAUAGAAGGAAUACCACUGAUGGACGAAAACAGAACCGACCUGGACGUGGCAUCCAAGAGAGCGGCCAGGAAGGCUAUUGGAAUGGUGGUAAUAUCCAGGAUACUCAUAGCAACACCGGUUAUGGUUUUACCGCCACUCGUCAUGAACCAGCUGGACAAGAAAGCGUUAAUGAAGAGAGCACCUUGGUUGAAUGCGCCCAUUCAAGUGCUGUUGGUUGGUUUCAUUUUAGCAUUUGCUACACCUCUGUGUUGCGCGUUGUUUCCGCAGAAAAGCUCGAUGGACGUAACCAGCCUAGAAACAGAUGUUCGUGCCAAGUUGGGAGCACUUCCAAAUCCACCAGAUAAGGUUUACUUCAACAAAGGAUUAUGAGGAACUGUGCAGUAACACUGUUCACUAAAACACCAUGACAGAAUAUCAUCAGUAUGAACCCCUAUAGUGACGAUUUAUCUGUGCUAGAGGGUUAGUUGGCUUGUUGUGAUAUCCGCAUUAUGUAUAUAUAUAACAAAAUGGAUGUUCCAAGUCUCGUGUCCAUACAGAUAAAUAUCACCAAAAGUGGCUUUAUAUAAUUAGACUUGUGUAAACUUUAUAAUCUUCGAGUGUUAUUACUGUUUAUCUUGUAAGUAAAUUAUCGUUAUGUGAAAAAGUGCUAAUCAUUUGAAUCACGUGACCACUAUAAGGUACUGUCUCCUCGUCAGUAGAAAGUGAAUCUCAAAUCACAGUCGUACUAGUUAACACCGACAAAACGUUUUCUCUACUAGUUUCUCUGUUGGACAAUUGAGUAGGUAUCGCCGGUAUUGAUUAGUGAAAAGAGGACAACAUUCUUCUUAACUGUUCUCGACAGUCGGUAUCAUCACGUAUACCGCGAUGACCGGUCUUACACCUGAAAAGGGUAGUAAACCUUGUGUUUAACGACUUAGUGUAAUAAUAGAAAUAAAAACGUUAA